ACCCAAUAAUGUUAUUUCGAUCUUGAUUCCCAGACGGUAAGUCAUAAAAGCAACAGGUUGCUGCAGCGUGCUCUCUUUAUUCGAUAAUCAUGAAGGCGCUAGGAGUGAUCUUGCUAAUCUUCAGUUUUAUAGCAGCUUCAACGGCGGCUGUCGCCGUGCUACAGAAUGCCACACAUCCCGAUCAUCCGAACAUGUGCUUUGACGAAAAUUCAAAAAUUGCACUGGGGCGAGGAGAAACUAAUACGAUCCCUUUGGCCUGCACAGAACUAUUUUGCUCGGAAAGCCUAUCUUUGACUUAUACGAGCUGUGGGCUUGCAGUCAUCAACGAUCCCAAAUGCAAGGAAAUCGAACCCGAUUUAAGCAAAGAUUACCCGGAAUGUUGUAUCAAGUACAAAUGCGAAGUCGACGGAAAGGUUACAUAUAUGUGAAAAUUGUAUGCAACGCAUUAAACUGUUUCCUUAAAUUCAAACAUAAACUAAUUUUUAAUUGAAAGACACCGAUCAUUUUUUCACACCCGCAAACUUAUGCAAUUUUGUAAUAAAAAUACAAGAUUUUUGUAUACCAAAUGUUAGCUUUCCUACAUUUGCGGACCUAUUCAUUCAAUUAUUCUUGUUCUCCUCAAAUACUCAAACUUCGGGAUAAAUAACCUCCUAAAUUCUAGUAUCGGUGCAAACUUUAUAUUUGUAACAAUUAAACCAUCACUUUGAUAUUUUA